UCUAGCUACGUUCUAAAGUCCUAACCAAGCUUGCAUAUGACCAAUGAUAGUUGUUAUCAGAGUUGACAGUGAUCGAGAAACUUUUGACAUUUUUCAGCUGAUUAUUUUAAAUUUUUUGAAGCGUCCGUAUUACACGUAUACUUAUAUAAUAUGAUGGCCUGUAAACAUUUCUGCAUAAAUAUUUUGAAAGAAAGACGGAUGCUAAAUAGAUAUCUAAAAACUAUUGUAACCAAAUGCAAUUAUUCGAGAACAGCGAAUCCAUCCUUGGAAAAUGAUGAAAAGACAACGCAUUUCGGUUUUCAAACGAUUAAAGAAAGCGAAAAGAUGAACGAAGUUUAUACAGUAUUCGAAAAUGUUGCCAAUCAUUACGACAUAAUGAAUGAUGCAAUGAGUAUAGGUAUCCAUCGCAUUUGGAAAGAUAUUUUUGUACAAGAAUUAGGACCGACUCACGGUACUCAUCUCUUGGAUUCUGCCGGUGGCACAGGCGAUAUUACAUUCCGGUAUAUGAACUUUUUAAAGAAUACACCAAAUCCACAAUCUGUACAUAGCUAUGUAACUGUGUGCGAUAUUAAUCAACAUAUGCUAGACGUUGGGAAAGAACGAGCAAAUAGAUUAGGUUUGUCACAGGACAGUAAUUGCAGUAUUACUUGGAAGCAAGAGAAUGCAGAAAAUCUCUCUUUUCCUGAGGAAUCUUUCACCGCUUAUACCAUAGCGUUUGGAAUAAGGAAUGUGACACAUAUUGACAAGGUAUUGUCUGAGGCAUAUAGAGUUUUACAGCCAGGAGGAAGAUUUUUAUGCCUUGAAUUUAGCCAUGUCAACAGUGAAACUUUAAAAUGGUUAUAUGAUCAAUAUUCUUUUCAAAUAAUACCUGUGAUGGGACAAUUGAUCACAGGGCAGUGGAAAGCUUAUCAGUAUCUUGUAGAAAGCAUAAGAAGAUUUCCAAAACAAGAAGAUUUCAAAGACAUGAUCGAGACUGCUGGAUUUAGAAAUGUGACUUAUAAAAAUUUAACUUGUGGUGUAGUAGCUAUCCAUUCAGGUUUUAAACUAUAAAUAAGAUAGAAUUUGUUAAUAAAAAAAAUGAAAAAAAAUAAUUUUGGAAAAUAAGGAAAUAAUAUUAUAAUAUAACAAAGGACAGAUAAAAUAUGCAAUAAUGUUCCUUUAUCUUUAAUCAAUAUUAUUUAUUUCUUUUCGAAAAAAAAAGUUGUAUUAUUUCUAUUAAUUAUUUAAUUAUGCACACUAUGUAAGGAACAAAAGAGAAAAAAUAGACAUAGGCA